GGUCGGACCGUCGGCAUGGCGUUCGGGACCGGUCAAGUCGAACCCAAGUGGGCUUCGGUCUCGUCCUACUGCAAGAGGCACGGGGUGAACCGGGGACCGGUUCAGUGCCGGAAGAGGUGGAGCAAUUUGGCCGGAGACUAUAAGAAGAUCAAGGAAUGGGAAUCGCAAAUUAGGGAAGAGGCUGAGUCGUUUUGGGUCAUGAGGAACGAUUUGAGGAGAGAGAGGAAGUUGCCCGGAUUCUUCGAUAGAGAGGUCUACGAUAUUCUCCACGGCGGGACCACGGCGGGUGCUCCGACGGGUCUGGCGCCGGCGGAGGAGGGGAAAGAGGGUGAGGAGCAGACGGCGGCGCAGGAGGUUGAGGUUGAGGUUGAGGCUGAGGCGGUAUUUGAUAGUGGUCGGAGCGCCGCCGCGGAGGAUGGGCUGUUUUCGGAUUUUGAACAGUCGGUGCAAGAGGAGGGCAGUGGUGGUGGUGGCAGCCCUGAGAAGGAGUUUCCGCCGGCGAAGGACGUUUCCACCACCACUGUACCUGCUGCUGUUGCUGUUCCGAUUUCAGGUACUACGCCUGUGAAACAAUCAAACCCUGAGACGGGAGCUACUUCUCAGGAAGGACGUAAGCGCAAAAGGUUUGCUUCCGAUGCAGAUGAGGAAACGAACACGCUGCAGUCCCAGUUGAUCGAAGUUCUAGAAAGGAAUGGCAGAAUGGUGAGUGCGCAACUUGAAUCUCAGAACACCAAUUUUCAAUUGGAUAGGGAGCAGCGCAAAGACCAUGUAGACGGCUUAGUUGCUGUUCUUCAUAAACUGGCCGAUGCUUUGGGCAGAAUUGCUGAUAAAUUAUAGCGAAGAGCUGUCAGAACAGAGUGUAUAUAGCAACAAAAAUUUAUAUUGGAGUUUAAUGGAUUGGUAGGGAGGAUGAAGGAUUGAACUAGUUAAAUUUUAUAAUUCAUGUCGGGAUCACAUUUAGAUGGCUUUUCACAUAUUUUUGCCCUCUUUUCUUUGUAGUUCUUUGCUUCUUUUCUUUUUCUUUUUUUAUAUAUUUUUUUGUGGCUUAUUGCCAAUAUAGGAGGAUAGUAUAGAGAGAAUAAAUAAAUGGAAUUUGAGUUACCAUAUUUUAUUUUUAUUUAAUGUAAUUCAAGUUGAUAUCAAGGUUUUGUCUCCAUGGAAUUGCAGUUAAUGUACAUACAGAUUAUUCAUAUUAUGAUGCCAUUUUAUGGUUGCUU